GCAUCAUGCUAAAGAAGAUCUUUGCACCGCACCCGCUGAGUUGGUGCUAAGUCAGCCACUCCACGUUCUGGGAGGAGGCGGAGGAGGAUGCUGCGCUCAAACCUUGGUGCGUUCUUUCCACCUCUCCGGUCGGCGCACGGUGCCUCUGACUCAGAGCCGCCGUUCACUUGUAUCUACCUGAAGGACUUAAGUAGGGAGGAGGGCGGGGAGGUCUCCAAGGUUCCUCAGGAGACCCGGAGCACUCACACCAGGGUACCCAGGAGGAGCAAUAGCAGCAGGAGGAAAGUGGAGCACAGCAACUGCCCCUCAUCUGUGGUGGAAACUAUUACCUCAGACGUCACCGCCUCCUCUGGUUUCCCAGCCGCUUCUCCCUUCUCGGCUCCAAGAUCCAUGUGGCAGGAGGCAAUACGGAGGAAGCGGUACCUCCUGGACCGGGCCGGGGCAUCCGGCGAGGGGGUUAAAGGAGGUCAGGAGAAGAGGAGCAGAUCCCGGGACUGGCUGUAUGAGUCCUACUACUGUAUGAGCCAGCAGCAUCCUCUCAUUGUGUUCCUGCUUCUUAUAGUGAUGGGAGCAUGCCUGGCUCUGCUGACGGUGUUCUUUGCAUCGGGGCUGAACGUUGAGGACCACAUGGCCUUUGUAAUCACGGUGCCCACGGCGCUGGCGAUCUUCCUGGCUGUGUUUGUUUUGGUCUGCAUUGAAUCCAUUUUCAAGAAGCUCCUUCAAGUUUUCUCCCUUGUUAUCUGGGCCUGCUUGGUUGCCAUGGGUUACCUUUUUAUGUUUUCCGGUGGGAUUGUCUGUCCGUGGGACCAGGUGUCCUUCUUCUUAUUUAUUGUUUUCGUGGUUUACACAAUGCUGUCAUUCUCCAUGCGGGACGCCAUCAUCGCCAGCGUCCUCACCUCUGUUUCUCACACUGUUGUGUUGAGUGCCUGCUUGUCCACCACAUCUGACCACAUGGAACCUGUGGUAUGGCAGAUUUUGGCCAAUAUCAUUAUUUUCAUGUGUGGCAACAUGGCAGGGGCAUACCACAAACAUCUGAUGGAGUUGGCACUCAAACAGACCUACCAGGACACCUGCAACUGCAUCAAAUCCCCCAUUAAACUGGAAUUUGAGAAGCGACAGCAGGAACGUCUGCUGUUGUCACUGCUGCCAGCGCACAUUGCCCGUGUGAUGAAGGCAGAGAUCAUCCAGAGACUAAAAGGACCUAAUUUUGGACAAAUAGAGAACACAAACAAUUUUCACAACCUCUAUGUUCAGAGACACAUUAAUGUCAGCAUACUGUACGCUGAUAUAGUUGGAUUCACACGCCUUGCCAGUGACUGCUCACCUGGAGAGUUGGUGCACAUGCUCAAUGAAUUGUUUGGCAAAUUUGACCAAAUUGCCAAGGAAAAUGAAUGUAUGCGGAUAAAAAUCCUUGGGGAUUGUUACUACUGUGUAUCUGGAUUGCCAGAAUCUCUCCCAAACCAUGCCAAGAACUGUGUCAAGAUGGGCUUGGACAUGUGUGAGGCCAUCAAGAAAGUGCGCGAUGCCACAGGGGUUGACAUCAAUAUGCGUGUUGGCGUGCAUUCAGGGAACGUUCUGUGUGGUGUGAUUGGACUUCAGAAAUGGCAGUAUGAUGUCUGGUCACACGAUGUCACGCUGGCUAAUCAUAUGGAAGCGGGAGGCGUGCCUGGGCGAGUGCACAUCACUUCAGUCACACUAGAGCACUUAAAUGGUGCCUACAAGGUAGAAGAUGGGGAUGGACAAGAGAGAGAUCCAUAUCUGAAAGAACAUGGAGUCAUCACAUAUCUGGUUAUUAACCCAAAGGUGGAGCGGCGCAGUCCGCAGCAUCACUACAGGCCCAGACAUACUCUGGAUGGAGCAAAGAUGAGAGCCUCUGUUAGGAUGACCCGUUAUCUGGAAUCCUGGGGUGCAGCCAAGCCUUUUGCCAACCUGCACCACAGGGACAGCAUGACCAACGAGAAUGGAAAGAUCAACACAGCUGACGUGCCAAUGGGACAGUAUCAUUUCCAGAGGAGAUCAGAAAGGACAAAGUCUCAGAAGAAACGGUUUGAGGAGGAGCUUAAUGAAAGAAUGAUCAGAACCUUUGAUGGCAUAAAUUCACAAAAGCAGUGGCUCAAGUCUGAGGACAUCAAAAGAAUAUCAUUGUUCUUUCACAACAAGUCCUUGGAAAAGGAGUACAGAACAACAAUCUUGCCAGCCUUCAAAUAUUAUGUCACCUGCGCCUGUCUCAUCUUUUCCUGCAUUUUCAUUGUGCAGAUUCUUGUCUUGCCAAAGACUGCAAUCUUGGGGAUAUCCUUUGGUAUGGCAUUCUUUAUCCUUUCCCUGAUUGUCUUCGUAUGUUUCAUCGGACACUUCCUGGUGAGUGGCGUAUAAAGGUUAUUUCUAACCGCUGUCCAUCUGCAUAUUCUAUUAAUUGGACACUUCUGUACUUAAUUCUCAUCACACUUUAGCAUCGCAAAUGCCCUCGGGUCAGUUUGAAAAUCCUGUAAUUGUCUAAAUGGUGUAACUGCCACUCUGGUGUAACCUUGAGGCCAAAACUAACCCUAGAAGAUUUAACGA